AAACUAUGAAGGGUACUGAUUAUUAAUUAUUUCGUCGUUCACUGUACACUUGACACGAGUUAGCAGCUACCAAGGAAAAACUAAAGGGCGGGCUUAACUGUCUGAUCAUAAGAAACUACCUUAACUUCUCCGUCAACAAUAACAUUCUUGAUGCCGCUAAAAUUCCAUUUCCAUCUUUCUCUUACAUUUAUCUAUUUCUUAAUUCAGAAACCCUUUUCAGCUUUAUCUGUUGUAAGAACAGAGAAAUAAAUUUUUUACUACUAUGUUUUCUUGGGAAUUCCUGAGGAAAUCCUUAGAGUUGGCCCGUCGAGUGCUUGCCAAUCAACGGACCAGUACAAGAGCAUUGCUCAAACAAUCAGAAGGGUCUAAUCCAUUACCAGUGGCAGCUUCUUUGUCAAGAUCAUCCUUUGGUGGGUCCAAUAACGGUGACCGUAAGAGUGGAGAUGCAUUGCUGAAAUUUUUAUUAAGAUCAGUCGCUUCAGGAGUUGUGAUUGUUGGCUCCAGCUUGAGCUUUAGCUACUGGUAUCCUUCCUUGGUUGAUAAGUGUUCGUUUGUUUCUUUCGCCGACAGUACAGACGAUGCAGCAUGGGUGUCAAGUGAAGAUCUUCUUCCACACAAGAAGAAGAAAAGGUUCCUCUUUGGAGAUUCAUACAGGAGAAGAGUUUUCUUUAAUUAUGAAAAGCGCAUCAGGUUGCAAAGCCCUCCAGAGAAGGUUUUUGAGUACUUCGAAUCUUUUAAAACGCCUGAUGGUGAAGUUCUUGUGACACCAGCAGAAUUGAUGCGAGCAGUUGUUCCUGUAUUUCCUCCAUCAGAGUCGAAUCGCAUUAGAGAGGGAUUUCUGAGAGGGGAAACAGUCCCUGGAGAAUUGCAUUGUGCACCUUCAAGAUUUUUCAUGCUUUUUGACACUAACAGUGAUGGGCUUAUUUCUUUUUCAGAGUAAUAGUCUAUUGUCUCUGUUGAAUUUGCUGGCCUUAUGAAUCUCUUCAACAUCAAUCAUGUUGCAUCACAUAUUCUGUUACAGAAACUUGUGUUCUUACUUAGUCCUUUCCAUGUUCAAC